AUAAGAUUGCAGAGUCAUUGCAUGUGAGAGAUGGACGAAGGUGUUGAUUCUAGCAUCCAUCAAAUGGGGGAGAGUGCAUCAGAACCGUUGAUUCACAACAGCUCGAUCAUCCAUGCAUCGUCGGAUGAGAUUGAGGGCCUUCUGGGGAGGGAGCCGGUCCCAAUUCGCUCGAUGAUCUGGGCCGCUGCUUGGGAGUCGAAGGUUCUGUGGACGCUAUCUGGAGCGUCGAUCAUCGUGUCCAUCUUCAAUUUCAUGCUUAGCUUAGUGACCCAGAUGUUCUCGGGCCACCUGGGGGCCUUGAAGCUUGCUGGAGCGUCGAUCGCCAACGUUGGAAUUCAAGGGCUGGCGUAUGGGAUCAUGUUAGGCAUGGCGAGCGCGGUGCAGACAGUAUGCGGUCAAGCCUAUGGGGCGAGGAAAUACAACACAAUGGGCAUCAUUUGCCAGAAGGCCAUGAUCCUGCACUUGGGUGCUGCUGUCCUGCUCACAUUCCUCUACUGGUACGCCGGGCCCGUCCUGAUUGCGAUCGGGCAGUCGAAGGACAUCGCCGAGCAGGGUCAGAUUUUCGCAAGGGGCCUGAUCCCACAGCUCUAUGCAUUUGCACUCAACUGUCCAAUGCAACGGUUUCUUCAGGCCCAGAACAUUGUGAACCCUUUGGCAUACAUGGCUGUAGGUGUUUUUCUAUUGCAUACACUCCUUUCAUGGGUGGUGGUCUAUGUUUUGGAUUAUGGGCUUUUGGGAGCUGCUCUUACACUCAGUUUCUCUUGGUGGGUCCUUGUAAUUCUAACUGGGCUUUAUAUAGUUCUGAGCCCAUCUUGCAAGGAGACGUGGACAGGGUUCUCCGUCCGUACCUUUGUUGGGCUUUGGGCCUACCUCAAGCUGACCGUCGCGUCGGCUUUUAUGCUUUGCUUGGAGAUAUGGUACUUCCAAGGGAUUGUACUUAUAUCAGGCCUCCUUCCUAACCCUACAAUCUCUCUUGAUUCAAUUUCCAUUUGCAUGAACUACUUGAACUGGGACAUGCAAUUCAUGUUGGGCCUCUGUACGGCAAUCAGCAUUAGGGUGGGCAAUGAGCUCGGUGCGGCCCAUCCAAAGGUGGCGAGAUUCUCCGUAAUUGUCGUGACCACGACGUCGGUCCUUAUAAGUAUAAUUUUCAGUGUGAUCGUGUUGAUUUUUCGGACCCCGUUAAGCAAACUUUUUACCAGCGAUGACGAUGUUAUCGACGCCGUUUCAGACCUCACUCCGUUGCUCGCAAUCUCUGUGCUCUUAAAUGGAAUUCAACCCGUGCUUUCUGGUGUGGCCAUUGGAAGUGGUUGGCAAGGGCUAGUGGCGUACGUUAACCUGACCACUUAUUACAUCAUUGGUCUCCCCAUUGGAUGCGUGGUUGGCUUCAAAACAAGUCUAAGAGAAGCUGGGAUUUGGUGGGGCAUGAUCUUUGGAGUUCUUCUACAGACCAUAGCUCUCAUUUUCUUGACGGUCAGGACAAACUGGAAUAAAGAGGUUGAUAACGCCGUUGAGCGCUUGAAGAGAUCAACGGAUGAGGAUACUCGAAAUCUAGUGGACGCCAUUGCAUGAUCAUUCCAUGGACCAUAAGAAGAUCUACUUCUAGGACUGUAGAUUUGAGAAAUGUGAUGGAUACUCAUCAUACGUCCCAACAAGUGUGUGCGAUAUCCGGGCCGUCCAUCUUUCGGGCCCCACAUGAACGUGCAAUGGCUCAAAAAAUAAUCCGGUCCAGCCAUCAUGCAGGCCAGAUUGUUCGACCACUGCACAUCACUCGGAGUACCUAAUAAAUGGCUCAGAUCCUGCACAUAUGUGCCACGUUUUGCAUGUAUGGGGAUAUAUAGUAGGACCCACAUUGGAAUGUAUGGGAAUGGAAAGAUUUAGAAUGCUAGUCCUUGAAAGCAGCCUUAGCGUUGAUCCUUAGAUUUUUGUAGUUAGUUGAGAUCUACGGUGUGGAUCUUCGGUCCCAUAGUGAAUUUUCGGCAAAGAGUGUACUUUAUUUUCUUCUAGCAGAUAUGGAAGUAGCUUUUGCAAAUUUUUUU